GAAAAAGUAUAUCCUAGCAACCAUUUCUUUUUUUCCUCCUUUUCUCCUCACCCUUUCUUUUCUUUUCCAUUGCGCGCCUCAUUUGGUGGCCCUCCUUCCUCCUCCUCUUCCACCUCCCUCCAUUCCUCUGCUACAAACAAAUUAAUCCCAAAUAAUUCCAAUUCCAAUUCCAAAUUCCGCCAGUUUUGAAAUCAUUAACCUUAAACCAGUUUAAAAAACCCACCUUAAAAACACCAAAUCACGUAAUCAUUGGCCCUGUUUUCUUUUUCCUCUCUGUAGGUUACUGUUCUUGAAACGCAUACUUUUGAAGUUUCGGGCUGCUGAAUCUCAAUAGCGCUAGAUAGGAAUCGAUGGAGACUUCAGGUAUAGCUUUGAGAGCUUCGUCUUCAAAAUUCUUCGCGAAUUCUCUGAACCCUUUGAAUUCCAUCCCUAGAAAUCCACAGCCCUGUUUUUCUUUCUUGAAAUCCGCCACCUUCAUCAAAUGCAUUCAGACUUCUUCCAACAUGGACCCCAAUUCUGGUUCAUCUUUGAAACCUACCUCGGAUGGGAAGAAAAUCCCAUCUUUUUCUUGUUCUGCAGUGACUUCUUUCCCUUCUCAUCAGCAGCAGUCGGAUGUCGCAUCUAUUGAUACGAGGAAGAAGAAGCUUCAAAAUCUGAUUUCUGAAAUUCAGGCCCUUAAAGAGCCAAUGGAUCGUGUUAAGCUGGUCGUGAAUUUUGCUUCUCAAUGUCCUCCUAUGGAAAAAUCAUUAAAAACAGCCGAAAACCGGGUGCCGGGUUGCACAGCCCAGGUUUGGUUACAUGUGACUGUGGAUAAUGAUCUUAGGAUGAGGUUUUUAGCUGAUAGUGACUCUGAAAUUACUAAAGGAUUGUGUGCUUGUUUGAUUUCGGUUCUGGACGGCGCCACAGCUGAGGAAGUCUUGGAGUUGAAAACCGAGGAUUUAGGAGGUUUGAGUGUGGCUGGAUUCUAUGGGAAAACUGCCUCUAGAGCCAAUACUUGGCAUAAUGUGUUGUUGAGUAUGCAGAAGAGGACUAAGGCUUUGGUUGCUGAGCGUGAAGGCAGGCCUCGUAGUGAGGCAUUUCCAUCCCUUGUUAUCAGUUCUGAUGGGAUUGAAGCGAAAGGAAGCUAUGCUCUUGCUCAGGCUAUGUUUUUAUCACCUGAAGAGUCAAAAGUUCAAGAAAUUGCCAAUUUGCUCAAGGAAAAGAAAAUUGGUGUUGUUGCACACUUUUACAUGGACCCUGAAGUCCAAGGUGUUCUCACUGCUGCUCAGAAGCUGUGGCCUCACAUCCAUAUAUCUGAUUCCUUGGUAAUGGCCGAUUCAGCUGUCAAUAUGGCGAAAGCUGGAUGCAAAUUUAUUACUGUGCUUGGUGUAGACUUUAUGUCCGAGAAUGUUCGUGCAAUCCUUGAUCAGGCUGGAUUUUCAGAGGUUGGAGUUUACCGGAUGUCAGAUGAAAGGAUUGGUUGCUCAUUGGCUGAUGCUGCAUCUAGUCCCGCAUAUAUGGAUUAUCUUUCUGCCGCUUCCUGUUCUUCUCCGUCUCUCCAUGUGGUUUACAUAAACACUUCUCUGGAGACAAAAGCAUAUUCUCAUGAACUUGUGCCCACAAUAACUUGUACCUCUUCUAAUGUUGUUCAAACAGUAUUACAGGCAUUUGCUGAGGUGCCUAAAUUGAACGUAUGGUAUGGUCCCGAUUCCUACAUGGGUGCGAAUAUUGCAGAACUCUUCCGUCAAAUGACUACAAUGACUGAUGAAGAAAUUGCUGCAGUUCAUCCAAAACAUAAUAGAAGCACAAUCAAAUCUUUGUUGCCUCGCCUUCAUUAUUUUCAGGAUGGAACAUGCAUCGUUCACCACCUCUUUGGACAUGAAGUCGUUCAGAAGAUAAAUGAAUUAUAUUGUGAUGCAUUCUUGACAGCUCACUUUGAGGUCCCCGGUGAGAUGUUCUCCCUCGCAAUGGAAGCUCAGAGACGGGGGAUGGGAGUUGUAGGCUCCACCAAGAAUAUAUUGGAUUUUAUUACGCAAAGGUUGCAAGAAGCAUUAGAAAGAAACAAAGAUGACCACCUUCAGUUUGUAUUGGGUACAGAAUCUGGUAUGGUGACUUCAAUUGUUGCUGCAGUCCGUGAAUUAUUAGGUUCAGUAUCUUCCUCAUCUUCUGGAAAUGCAAAGAUUAGUGUUGAGAUCAUCUUUCCAGUAUCGUCAGAUUCAGUCACAACACAAACUAGCUCAUCGCCUGGCAAAGGCUCAGGCGAUUUUGGGAGUUUGACGGGACUUUCUGUUAUACCCGGUGUUACAAGUGGUGAAGGAUGUUCAAUUCACGGUGGCUGUGCCUCUUGCCCAUAUAUGAAGAUGAAUUCUCUUAACUCACUUCUUAAAGUUUGCCAUAGUCUGCCCAACAAUAAAAGCAAUCUUUUAGCCUACGAAGCUGGUCGUUUCAGUUUGAAAACCCCGAAUGGAAAAUUGAUUGCAGAUGUUGGUUGUGAGCCAAUUCUCCAUAUGAGACACUUUCAGGCUACAAAAACUUUACCGGAGAAAUUAAUUCAUCAAAUCUGUCAUCCUAAUCAAUAAAGAAUCGGCACAAAAAUACGAGCUGAAUCACUGGUAUGAUGGAUGCUAGAAGAAGCAAGAAAUAUCAUCUAUCUGCAACUUCUGGAUGUUCUAGUGCAGAUGGGAAUGAGUCAAUGAAAGCUUUCCUGGCGAUAAAUUUUGUCUGUAGGUUUUCUAAUACAGAAUUUGUGUUGUAUACCAGGUAUUUUCUCUUUUUAUCACGUCCCCUUAAAUUUAAGUUUGAUGAACAGAUUUCAUCAUUAGGUUUUGUAGUGAUUUUACAGGUUAAUUUUGCAAACAAUAUAUUUGAUCGCACACUCUAUAGUCGCAGACUUUCAGUUUUAAUUGCUGUAUGAGGUUAUAAGAGCAAGAACUAGUCUAAAUGAGAGUUUGUGUAAUUUGUUGUGGGAUCUUUGUUCGUUAACUUGAUUCUUUUAGUCAAGUGAAAUCCGCAAGUGAAUAGUGAAGUAUACAUGUUCCUCCAUUUUGCCAGCGUUAUAAUUUUUGAUUAAUGAGAGAAUCAGUUACAGAAUGUACAUAAGCAAUCUCUGCUUGUUUUUCCUCCACAUAUUAAGUUACAAAAUUUUCUUCAAGUAGUUAGACUAACUUACUAGUACGAACUUGACUUAAUAACUCCUACUGAAUUGAGAAGUUAGAUCAAUAAAGAUGUCUUCUCUGCAAGGGAUUGUCAAGCCUCCGGUUGGAUGAUCGUAACCGAAUUCUUCCUCAGCUUGGCUCAGCAAUUCCUGGAAGGAGGGUUGGUUCAAGUAAGCAAUGGGGAUCACAUAUCUUUUCCUCUCGUCAUCACUUUCCCCAACAUAAACCGCGCAAUACCCCUUUGGAACAUCAAAUGGAGAAGCAUUUCUUGAAGUGAAGGAAUUAGCCCGCUUCAAGAGUUGCUUAGCUUGAGUAACACGAGAAAAGCGGAUCGCCAUUUUUACGAAAGAUGAUGAACUUUUUUAAACUGGGAUGAAUGGGAAAGAAUUAAGAAAAGUAGUUGAAGGAUGAAAUAUGUGUUGAAGAACUUGUGUGUGUCGAACUAGUAAGAAGAGAGGAUUAUAUAGAUAGCACAUGGAUAUCAGAGUUUGGUACAAUAUAGCUAUCUUGAUGAGGCUGGAUAACAUGGUUUUGCCUUCCCAACUAAAAAAAAAUUAAAUAAGAAAAAUGAAGCUUGUCUCCUAUGUUGGUCCGAUUGUGUCUGAAUUAUUUUGGCUGCCAUGGCCACCAACCUCAAGUUAAAUUAAU